AUGAUUUAUCGCGACGUGAAUGGCGUCCGGACGAGUUACCUCGUCCGCUGGCGUGGCUAUCCACCGGCGUGGGACAGCUGGGAGCCUCGUGCCCAGCUGAUUGUUGAUGUCCUGGGUAUCGUCAAGCAGUAUGACAAGACCAACCCGCUACGUUCGAAGAAGGGCCGUCGGAAAAAGACCUCCCCGAACGCGAUCGGUUCAACUUGUAUCGCGCCCGACUGGGUUGCGUUUCUUAAACCUGAUGCGAGCAGCAUCAAGUUUGGCGAGCCAGGACUCACGACCAAUGCACUCUAUGCUAUGGAUGAAGGCGAUCCAUACUUGCACCAAGGCCUUGCCGUCUUGAACAUGGCUGCCAUUGUACCACCGAUGUUUGAGAAACGCAUCGGUGAAGGUUUCCCCUCAGUACGGAUAGUUUCCGUUCUGAAUCUAGGUGGGCAAUUUUCCUGCAAUUGA